AUGCAACAACAGAGCCGGCUGAGGCUGAGGCCGUGGCUGGAGGAGCAGAUUCAGUCUGGGAGGUAUCCAGGAGUCAGCUGGCUGGACCAGUCUGCACGAAUCUUCCAAAUCCCAUGGAAACAUGCUGCUCGCCACGGAUGGAGUAUUGACAGAGAUGCUACACUCUUCAGGAGUUGGGCCAUGCACACUGGACGGUACCAUCCAGGCAAAGACAAACCAGAUCCUAAGACAUGGAAGGCAAAUUUCCGCUGUGCAUUGAAUUCUCUGCCUGACAUCUGUGAGCUGCGGGAGCACAGCAGGAAGAGAGGCAGCAAUGCCUACAGAGUGUACAGGAUGCUGCCCAGCACACACACACACAGACGCAGGAGAGGGUUGCGGUUGUUCAGCAGGCCCAGAGAAAAACAGGGCAGUUUAGGUGAUGAUACACACACCACACAGGCUUGGCAGCCCACAAGAUCCAUUUCAGACUCACCACAGAAGGUGGAGACCCCUGUAGAAGACACAUUUGGCAACACGCAAAUACAAGGGAUGUGGGAGGUCAAACCAGAGGAGCAGGAGCAGACUGAAGCUGUGUUUAAGUUGAUGGACCAUUUAAGCAGCACAGAUGUGUGGAACCAGACCGAGCAGAGAGGGUGGAGAACACACACACUGUGGGACCACUGGCACUGUGCUGGUGAUGAGAACAUGUACUCUCUGCACACAGACAACUACAGUGAUCUGCUUGGUCCAAACUACAUCAAGGAGCUCUCCGAUUGGUCCACACAUCAGCAAACACUGAUGCCGUAGCUGUGUUUGUGUUAACCACGUUUGAAUAUAAACUGUUAUUUCUUCACAUUUUCUUGCUAACCUUCAGCUGAUUUCCUCCUGCUGUCUGUGCGCUGAGCUGACCACUGAAAAAGGGAAACAAGAGAGGGGGAGCGGAUGGAGAAUAUUGCUCUGUCAGUCAGUCGAGCGGUCAUCCUCUCUGCUGAGCAUGCUGAGAUGAAGAUCCUGUUCCAAGCCAAGCUUCACCUCUGUCAUCAUCACUCGGGUUCACUAUGGUUCAAUGCCUCAAACUCACUGACAUGACACCAAGCUCACACCACAGCUCACAGAGUAAACAGAUCUCAUUUCGCUGCUGUGCAGGAUCACUUAUUGCUCUAUUAUUUCUCUGAGUUUUACUGGAUGUUUAGCCAACAUACAGAACCUGAAGUGCAAAAAUUCCACAGUAAACCGAUUUAAGUUGCAAAGCAUGUUUUGUCCUAUACUGUAUAUGCAUUUGACUUCUAUACCUUUAUGCUUUAAGUUUGACUAGUGUUAAGACUUCUCAAAGAGUUUCUGAAUGUUGUAUUAUUUCAUUAUAGAGGCAGUGUAUGGUCCAAUUUAUUUUAUGUAAUAUUGUAAAACCUUUUAGUGUUUUUGUAUUUUUAAACUAAUUUUGCAUUUACAAAACGUAAAAGCAAUGAAAGCACAUGACCUCGUCAGGAGUCCUUACACCAUGUGCGUAUGU